UUGACAAAAAGAGAGAGCGAGCGAGCGUAGCUGCACAAUCACGACGUUAUCCAGUUUCUCUCUCUAAAAUUUCGAUUCCUCAAUCUCUUUGGAGCUGAGAGCAGGAGGAAAAUGGCUGUUCCCUCUCCAUGUUCUCUCUCUCACCUCCCGCUCUGCUCAAACCCUUUAACGCAACAACAGAAAAACCGCCUCCUACUAACCCGGUCCUGCAACUCCCGGUUCAAAUGCAGCGCUGGGCAGACCGGGUUCUUCACCCGGCUGGGCCGGCUGAUAAAGGAGAAGGCCAGGAGCGACGUCGAGAAGAUCUUCUCUGGCUUUUCCAAGACCCGCGACAACCUUGCCGUCGUUGACGAGCUUCUUCUCUACUGGAACCUCGCCGACACCGACCGAGUUCUCGACGAACUAGAAGAGGCUCUUCUAGUGUCUGAUUUUGGGCCGAAAAUUACGAUAAAGAUUGUGGAAAGCUUGAGGGAUGAUAUUCUCGCAGGGAAGCUGAAAUCGGGAAGCGAAAUUAAGGCUGCGUUGAAGAAGAGUGUGCUGGACUUGCUGACUAAGAAAGGGAGCAAAACUGAACUUAAGCUUGGAUUCAGGAAACCUGCGGUUGUCAUGGUUGUCGGUGUUAAUGGAGGUGGCAAGACAACAUCUCUUGGGAAGCUGGCUAAUAGGUUGAAGAAUGAAGGAGCAAAGGUAUUGUUGGCAGCAGGGGAUACAUUUAGAGCAGCUGCAAGUGAUCAGCUAGAGAUAUGGGCUGAGAGAACUGGUUGUGAAAUUGUUGUUGCUGAAGGAGAGAAGGCCAAAGCAUCAACAGUUCUUUCACAGGCAGUGAGGAGAGGAAAAGAACAAGGCUAUGAUAUUGUCUUGUGUGACACCUCAGGACGUCUUCACACUAAUUAUAGCCUCAUGGAAGAGUUGAUUGCUUGUAAGAAAGCCGUAGGCAAAGUUGUUUCUGGCGCCCCUAACGAGAUCCUCCAAGUUCUGGAUGGGACAACUGGUUUAAACAUGCUUCCACAAGCAAGAGAGUUUAAUGACGUUGUUGGAAUUACUGGUUUGAUAUUAACAAAACUUGAUGGUUCUGCUAGAGGCGGCUGCGUGGUAAGCGUGGUCGAUGAGCUUGGCAUCCCAGUGAAGUUUGUGGGUGUUGGUGAAGGGGUGGAAGACCUCCAACCCUUUGACGCAGAGGCCUUUGUUAAUGCCAUAUUUCCCUAGGUCUUAAAGGGUUGUCUUACAGAAUAGCUAAAGGAAACAGUAAAGGGUGGCAAGUAGAACAAAUGAUUUUGCAGACAAGCACGAGACUGCAUGCGAAUGUGGACUUUGGAGUGUAUUUUUGGUGCAAUACUUGUGAAAUCACAGACUAUAAAGCAGCUUUUGCCACAAAGACUUCCUGCCCGCAAUAUCUGACUAAAAGUGUUGCAGUGUGCAAGGCAAUCUCAUCUCCAGAUGAUGAAUGCAAAUGCUGAUCUAUGUGCAGUACAUUUAGUAACGAGUCUUUUUAAGAGUGAGCAGCUGAGCAAGGCUUUUUUUGUUGAAUGUUUUAUUGAAACAGUUUGUAUCCACUAUCCUGGUUAAUUUCUUAUAUGUAACGAGUGAUAUUUAAGUGUGAGAUUUAAGUUAAACUUGUUUAUUUCUUCUAUGUAACGAGUGA